AAUAGCUUUGGUGGGUGGUGAUUGACCAUUUUUAUUCCACGGAUUUCACAUCGAUAUGUCUAUUCAAUUUGCAAAAAUACGUAAAAAUGGAACAGGUUGAUGGUAAAUUAUGAAACAGAAUCUAUUGAUCGAGAGAGAACGUGGUAACAAAUAUCACGGUGUGAUAGCGCGAGGAUCCUAACCUUGUUAAAAAUGAAGUCAGGCACCAUGGACAAACAUAGAGGCUCUACAAUUUUAAAACCGGAAGAAAACGAGCAAGUCUUUCAAUUGAUAGGAAAUCGGUGCCAGUGUUUAGCAGCUGGUAUUAUUCAAUUAUAUUUGACUGAACCACCUUUGCAUAAAGAAUGGAUAAAGAAAACUACAGGUAUUAUAACAUUGAUAAGGGAUAAUCCUAGACGUAGUUUCUUCCUUCGUUUAUAUUGCUUACAAAGAAAAGCAAUGUUAUGGGAACAUGAAGUUUAUAAUGCAAUGGAGUACAAGGCACCAUUAUCAUAUUUUCAUACAUUUGAAGCAGAAGAUUGUAUGGCUGCUUUUAAUUUUGCUAGUGACACAGAUGCUGUAAAUUGAAUUGUUGAAUAUUUUCUUAGGAGCAUUCUUCUUGGCAAGCUGAAUGCCAAACGUCAGAGAAGGAUACAGAGACGGUCUAAAAUGGAAGGUGAAACUCAACAUGGUGCAACAUUACCAUGGAGAAAUCAAAGCAAUACAAAUACAUCACCCAUUGCAUUUAGCACAGGGUCAACCUCUAAUUUAUCAAAUGGAACUCCAAAUACAAUUGGUGUUAAUAGGAGUGCUUCUAGUAGUUCCAUGUAUAAAAGUAAAAAGAAAAAACGAGAUAAAGCUAAGCGAAAAUUAACAAAAGAUGACAUUGGUCCUCCAUCCAAUUUUAGACAUCUUUCACAUAUGGAGUGGAAUGCCAGUAGCAAAGAAUUGGAAUUAGAACAAGUUGAUCCACAUUUAAAAAUGUUUCUUGAUAAGGUUGGUGUGUCAGAACACCAAUUCAGGAAUCAAGACACGCGCAAUUUUAUUUAUGAUUUUAUUGAAAAAAAUGGAGGCAUGAGUGCCAUUAGAGAAGAUAUUUCCUCAUCUAUUCCAAAAACUAAUGUACAACAAUUACAACAGUCACAACAGCAACAACCACCACCAAUAGCACCUCAAAGACAGGAAUAUCCUCCUCCAGUUCCUGCAAGAACAAUACCUCAUCAAACCAGAAUUGCUCCACCACUACCUCCAAAUCGAUUUAAUGCACCUUCAACACCACCAAGUGCACCACCUAAUGCACCACCAGUUCAUAGAACAUUGCCAAGUCGACCACCACCACCUUCUUUAACUUCUGCUCCAUCACUACCACCACCUCCACCCCCACCUCCUCCACCACCACCACCAGCACCAGCUCCAGUUCCACGCUCCAGAAGUAACUCAACUGCACCUGUUCCACCUCCACCACCGUUGCCUAAUCUACUCAACACUGAUGAUGGAACUGUCAACAUAAGUUCUUCCAAUAAUAAUAAUACUAGUAAUAACAAUAAUAACGAAGACAUUGCUGACCUUAGGUCAACGCUCAUGGAAUCUAUAAGGAGUGGCACUAUACUUAGAAAAAUUGAUAAGUCUGAAACAAAACAAGCUCCCCCUGUUGGAGAUUCUAGAAAUGCUUUAUUGGAGCAAAUUCGUCAGGGAGUUGAAUUAAGGCCUGUUUCGAAUGAGGUAAAAAGUAAAACACCAGUAUUUCAAGGUGGAUUAGCUAGUGCUUUAUCGAGGGCUCUUGCUGAGCGAUCAAGUGCAAUCCAUAGUGAAAGUGAUGAAUCGACUAGUGAAACCAGCGACGAUGAUGAAUGGGAUGAUUAACUCAGAUGAAGUAUACAACUCGAGG